GAAAAAAGUUUAUAGUUUUACUUCGUUUAAUUGUUAUCAUAUCUGUUGCUAAAUAAUAGGCAUAAAUAUUCCUUUUUCUCGUUAAUUACGAUGAUAACACGCGGCUCACAGCAAGUAUCAAUCACUAGUAGCUCUAGAGAGCAUACAAUAGAGGUUAAGGAAUUUUCUAUUCGGCGAUCACCUAGGUUUCUUCCAUCGCAUUUGAAGGAAACAAGUGAAAAGGAGUCUACUUAUGUAGAAAAAGAACCUGAUAUCAGUCUUUUACCACCAAUUGUGUUCAAAGGACGUAUUAAUUAUAUCAAAGAUUUUAAUGCUUGUGCUAGCAUCUGUGAUGAUAUAAUAAAAGAUGUGGAAAAUUGUGACAAUGAAAUAGUACCAAUAGGAUUUGAUUUGGAGUGGCCUUUUAGUUUCCAAACAGGAAGUGGGAAAACUGCCUUAGCACAAAUUUGUUUGAAUAAGAAUAUUUGUCAUUUGUUGCAUAUAUAUUCAUUAAAAAAAUUACCUGCUGCAUUUGUAAUUCUUUUAAGUCAUCCAAAAGUAAAACUUGUUGGAGUCAAUAUAAAAAAUGAUGUUUGGAAACUUGGUAGAGAUUUUAAAGAAUUCCCAGCUCAGAAGGUUGUAGAAAAUAAUUGCUUAGACAGUGGUACAUUUGCAAACAAAGUACUAAAUCGAUCUUGUCGCUGGAGUUUGGAAAAGCUAACAGCAUAUCUGUUGCAAAAAAGAAUUGACAAAAAUAAAAAAGUUAGAAUGAGUAAGUGGCAUAUUCAUCCCCUAAGCGAAGAGCAAAAGAAUUAUGCUGCAACAGAUGCCUAUGUCUCAUGGCUUUUACAUACUACUAUACAAGAAAAAGCUGAUAACAAAGAGACUGAAGAAAAAGAAGUAGAUUUAUAA